UCAAUCGCUUCGAAGCAAGCUGACUACCGAUUUGCGUCAUCUACAGCUGAAGCUUCAAGUUGUAAUAAAACUUUCUCGUCUCAGUGUCGACCUGUAACCUUUUCAAGUGGCAAAAAGGGACGAAAUCUGAGCCAAUCUUUACGCGAAACGACAUCGGCAUCAACCCUCGUCUUCUGUCUUCGUCAUCAUCACGCUUCACUCCUAGAAAUGUCAAGACGCAUUCAAGUAUUGAAGGCUUCUGCAAUAGAAUCCCACCAUAGAGACACUUGGCUAGCUAACACUCUACACGACCAGGGUUCGAAUCCCGUCGGUACUGCGGGCUCGAGAUGGCGUUCCAAGUGA